CAAGCGCGCGUGCUCCGAAAGCGCCCGAGGACUUACGAUCGUUUCACUCCGAACCAUAACGAAGUUCGACGAUCGCGACCACCCUCCGACGACGCGUGCUGGCCGCUGGCAGUCGCAGCGAGGCCGCCGGGGCGUUGGAGCGGUUUACAGUGCGCCCAGUGCUCGGUUAUGUAACUCAAAAAAACUUAUCUACCUAUUAACAUAAACAAAUUAACCGCCGCUUGCGCUCCGCAUCACAGGAACACCAUACGCAAGCAAGCGGUGUCGUAUCGAAUUAAAACUAUCAGCGUUCUAUGUGCAGAAGUGAUGUGUACGCCUAUCCUCGCGGCAAUACGACGGCGAAACAGGAUUGCAAUAUAUGAAGACGAAAACGUAAUAAGAUAUGUGAUUGAAGAAUAACCAUUUAAAGUGUUCAUUCGAAAUUUUUAAUAUAAUAGAAAACAAAGUUCAUAAAUAAGUAAUAUACACCCGUGUGAUAUUAAAGUAAUAACAACAUGACUUAAUUAAUUACGAACUUUAAAAUUAAACAAAUCCAGAUGUGAUAGAAAGAGGAAAGUUUUGAAAGUAUCUAGUGGGUGGUUGGAAAAGGAGCUUCGGAGACACGUGAUGAGGUGACGCACGCGCGCCGGCCGCUGACGCCGCUCCUCGCCAAUGAUGGUGGAGACGCACCGCGCGCCGCCGCCCCGAUGUGCGCGCGCGCCCGAGCCCCGCGCCAAGCCCGCCUCCGCCUCCGCACCCCCUUCGCUUGCCGGCAGUGGCACCGUCAUGCACCUGCGCCGACGCCGCCACAAGACUGUGCACUUCGGCGAGAACCUCCUCAUGCAGGUCUGCGCCGACCGGGCACAUCUGGCGGCUCUCGGUGCGCGGAUACCCGAUGUCUCCUUUUGUCACAAAUCCCAUACUGGGCUACGCAAGGGAGAUGCGCGCUUCUGUUGCGUGGCCCACCAUUGCUGUCUCGCCGCCGGAGCUCUUGUCGCGUUGACUUCGAACGGGAAACCCAAACCGCGCAGAGAACGUAGUGGUGAUUCACAUUCGAGUGGCGGCGAAACUGCGGAUAGAGGGGAGGGCGGCGGCAGUUCCGGAGCCAAGGAGCCGAAACGUAAAACUAAGCAUCAUCACCACCACCACCACCAUCACAAAAUUCACAACUGCCCAUAUCACGAUGUGGCCCCGCCUCCUGAAGAUGAACCGAGUGAGAAAGCAAUUGUACCAAAGAAAACCAUUUCGCCUUAUCUCUAUAUACCUAGCAAAUUAGAGCCGAACGUACAACAAUUAUUCAGUUUCAUAGAAAGCGUUUUGAGUGCCUGGGCUGCUGAAGAGGGUCUCACGAGUACAGGAGAAUAUUCAGAGCCCGAUGAACGCAUCGUUCGCCGGCGUAAACUGAACAAAUACAAGAAGCGUACAGACGUACUGAAUAUAAGACGGAUAGUAUAUGAAGUAUCAAUUUUGCAAGGCGCUAAAUUACUAGGCAACGUGAGGUUUCGACACUACCAUUGGAAAGGAACUGCACAAACUUGCAAUGAGGCUUUUCUGAGGAAGAUAUCGGACGAUGAUCGCAUGUCCCUGACGACGGCGGUUUCCGACGAAGAGGACCCUGGAGAGAGCGCCAUGAACUCGCCUUACAAAGGCAAGCAGACUGGCGCUGCGGCAGCGUCUUUCAAUUGCACCGGUGCCGUCAGGAAGGCUGGAUUUCUGAGUGUGAAGAAAUGGUUACUACGUAAGAAACAUCAGAUCGAGCUGGCCCGAAAACGUGGUUGGAAAGGUUACUGGGUCUGCCUGAAAGGCACUACUCUGCUUUUCUAUCCGUGCGACUCUCGCGAAGGGCGUUCAGUAGAAGCGGCGCCCAAGCAUCUUAUCAUAGUGGAUGGUGCCAUCAUGCAGCCAAUACCUGAACAUCCUAAAAGAGACUACAUUUUCUGCUUGAGCACGGCAUUUGGUGAUGCUUAUCUAUUUCAAGCACCGUGUCAGGUGGAGCUAGAAAAUUGGGUGAAUAGCAUACACAGUGCAUGCGCUGCGGCAUUUGCUCGGCACCGCGGCAAAACUGGAACACUUCAUUUACUUCAGGAAGAAAUAUAUCGCCUCGAGAAAGCUAUCGAAUCCGAUCACAAACUGAAACACAUGGCUGAUCUCCAGCAAUCCGUAGUAUCUGAUCCCGAAACCCGAGCUCAAUUAGCUAUUCAGAUGUUACAAUGGGAAGAAAACCUUGAGAGACUACACUGCGAACAAUUCCGUUUACGGUGCUAUAUGGCCAGCCUACAAAGUGGAGAGCUUCCAAACCCCAAAUCUUUGCUGACACACGUUUCACGCGGUACGAAGAGUACUCUGAAUAAGCUGGGUGUAUUCACGGUGUCUUCUUUCCACGCGUUUAUUUGCGCGCGCUCGCCAUCGCUGCUCAACAACCUCCUGGCGGGCCGCGGUGCCACCAAGCGGCGGGCGCCUAACUUAUCACGAUCAAAUUCAGGCUCUAGCAGGCGCUCUAUGCAGAUGUCUCGCGAAGAUGGAGAAGCAGCUGUACGGGUGUCACUGCCGGAAGGAACGACCGCCACAGUGGGCGUGCGUGAGGGCAUGUCCGUUGAGGAAUUCCUAGCGGCAGCGUGCGCCCGCCGCUCGCUAAACGCGCUCGAACACUUCGUGCGAGUCAAGAAGCGCAGAGACAUGGAGGACCACAAUUACUUUGUGCCCCAUCGCAGCGACCUCAUCGAAACAUACUUGCACACGCAUGAAGUGGUAGAGGUAUGCGCAAAGAUUCUGUACCAAGUGGAACUUCAGCGGAACACUCUCGAACAAAUGUGGGGAUUUAGCGUAGAGGCUGAACUGAUAGAAAAUGCUGAGCGACAGGACGAGCUGUGCUGCUACGUGAGCCGGGUUGAAGACAAAAGUGUUGCAAUGCAAAAUGGCAUAAUCAAAGGCGACGAGAUAAUGGUGAUCAACGGAGCGAUCGUAUCUGACCUAGAUAUGAUGUACUUGGAGAGCGUACUGCAAGAGGAACUCUCUCUCGUCAUGAUGAUGAGGUCUUCGCGCACUGAGCCACCCGAGUUGUCUGGAAUGAUGCGCGCUGCUACCGAUGACAUCAUAGACUCAUUGGUGUGCCCACCGCCGCCGAGUGAUCCUCCGGUCAUAUCUGAUGAUAUGAUAUCCGGCCUCAUCGUGCCAGCACCUGCUUGGAGUAAAGAACUAUACAGCCCAGACACAGAUGGCCACGGCAACGGCCUGACGGCUGGGCCACCGAAGGUUACCUCUCGAACUAACUCCUUUGAAAUAGAAAAUCUACUCAAGAGUGCGGAACAAGUGACUGGGUGGUGUCGAUCGCCGGCUGACACGAGACGUGGGAGCCCCACAGGUAGCGUGGUGAGCGGGGCGGCUGGCACGCCUUCGAGGCACCUGUCUGAUGUUGACAAACUCAAGAAAGUGCUUCUUGAACUUGUGGACACUGAACGCGCUUACGUCAAGCACCUGAACAACUUAUUAGAGAACUACUUAGAGCCAUUGAAAAAGGAAACUUUUUUAUCAAACGCCGAAAUCAACGCUCUCUUUGGAAAUAUACAAGAGAUAGUAACGUUCCAAAGGCAGUUCUUGCAAAACUUAGAGGAAGCGCUCGAGGCUGAACCAAACUUCCACCACUUUGAAUCAUCUAGUCAGUUUAAGGAUGUCUUGUUCGCCGUCGGCAAUGCUUUUCUUUAUUACGUCAACCACUUCAAAUUGUACAGUUCUUUCUGCGCAAGCCAUAGCAAAGCUCAAAAAGUUUUACAUCCAAAUGAAGGUAAUCAAGCUCUGCAAGAGUUCUUAUCCGCAAGAAAUCCGAAGCAACAACAUUCAUCAACUUUGGAGUCUUACUUAAUAAAACCAAUUCAACGGAUAUUAAAGUACCCGUUGCUUCUUCAACAAUUGAGAAAUUUGACUGAAAACAAUUCCGAAGAACAGAACCAUUUAAUUGAUGCUCUUAAAGGAAUGGAAAAAGUUGCUGAACAUAUAAAUGAAAUGCAACGAAUACAUGAAGAAUAUGGUGCUAUAUUUGAUCAUUUGUUUAGGCAACACCAAAAAUCAUGCAAACAGCCUAUAGAUCUAAGUCCUGGUGAUUUGUUGUACUAUGGAGGUGUAGAAUGGUUAAAUAUUUCCGACUUUUUAGGAAAAAUUAAAAAAGGUUUGGAAUUGCAUGCUAUGUGCUUCGUUUUUAAAUCAGCUGUUGUCUUCCUUUGCAAAGAAAGACUGAGACAAAAGAAAAAGUUAAUGGGCGUGUCUUCAAAGAACAACUCUAACGAGGUGGAGAUAAUCCGAUAUCAAGUUCUUAUUCCUGUAACGGAAGUACAAGUACGUGCUUCCUCAGCUAAAGAUAUGGACAGCCACUUCCUGUGGGAGCUAAUACAUCUGCGAAGCCAGUUACAACGACGCUCUGAAAAGGUCUACGUGUUGUCUAAUAGUACGGCGGACUUCCGGAACGCAUUCUUGAAGACGAUCCGGCAGAUAAUCCGGGAGUCUGUUCGCAAUAUGGCUUUGCCUACCACCCGGCCCGCGCCGCCGCCGCCCCGCGCUCCACAUACCCUCGAGCGAGAUCGCGAUAGGCCGAAACAUCAGGUAACUGUAAUGCAAGGAUCCCAAACCCUUGGCAAGACAAAGAAACCGAAAACUUCCGGUCAACGAUUGUCAGCGGGUAACAUCGAGGUCGGUGAUUUAUCUAGAGAAAACUCGCAGGACGCCGAUGAACCACCUCAACCUUUAGCUAAUGAAGAACCGGCCUUCAGGCAUAGAAGUAAAACACUGGGCGACAGCUCUGAGAGCAGCGUGAAGCGCGCGCCGCCGCCGCCGCCGCCGGACACUGACAAGUCAGAGCCCUCCAAGUCCGAGGGCGAGGACGAGCCCCCGCCGCCGCCCGCCAAGCGAGGGUUAGGCCGCACUCCCAACCACCUCACGCUAAGCACGACGUCGACGCUAAGCGCUGGCAGUACAGGGAGCCAAGCUCGACUUAUUCAAUCUUCGCACCAACCGACGCAGUAUCAGCCAACAAUGGUCAAGGAACUAGGUAAGCAAGAAUGUCAGUCGUUAAAAUCAUCGCCAGAAAAAAAGACCUCCACCACCCCGGAGAAAAGAAUCAAGGUGAUACGUUCCUGUAGUAGCAGCAGUAUCAACAGAGAUAAGUCUCCCAACAGGUCCAUUGACCGCACGAGCCCAGACUGCGAUCGCGUAAGCAAAGUCAUCGUUUGUAAAUCUCCUAACAAAUCCAGCUUGAAACAAAUGAAGACAAUUUAUCGUUCACCAAGAGGUAGCAUUGAUCAAUCGAAAUCACCGCGAGGGUCUAUAGAUAAAUCAAGAUCUCCACAACAAAGCUUCGAUAGCUCUAGAUCCCCACGGGGUAGCAUCAUGAAAUCACGCGAGAGUAGCGUUGACAGAGCUAAAUCGCCUAGACCCGGUCCUAAGAAAGGAAUAAUGCGGACACCUCAAGCUAGCAUUGAUAGAUCGCCUUGUAAAUCACCGAAUGUAAGCCGUCGUUCUUCGAAAUCUGGCGGGGAAAAAUUAGCCAGACUCGGCACAAACUCACUUGAUAGGAUUACACACUACUCUCAACUGGCAAAAGCAGAGGACAAAGCUAUCAAAAUGGGCAUCGUUGUAUCCAAGUCCACCGAGUCCAUCGCUAAAUCCAUUGAGCAUCCUACUUGCGUUCAGUGCUACCUUUCUGGGAAGCGUCAAAGCAAAAGUUCCUAGCAUAAGGGGAAGGGCAAGUCGCCCAAAUCUAGACGAAAGUCUUUGACUUCGCAAGCUAUGAGAAACACAUCGUCUGAUCGGAGCAGCAUUGAAACUCUAGAUGAUGUACCUAUCAAUGAUCGCGGUCUUUGCUCUGUAAGACACUCCGAUAAAAGCGAAUACGAUCAAAUACAUGUUUAAACAAACUAAGUUAAUUAUAAUUAUACUACAAAAAAAUCCACGCGGACCAGGCAGCGGACGGGACUCGAACCCGCAUCCUUCGCUAUCCGGGCGAAUACACUGACCAUUAUGCUACCACGGCCCUAUUAGCCGCGUUGAAAUUUUCCUAGCCUUAAGCUGCAAGGCAGCGCCAUC